GGCUCAGACACAAUGAACCGUCAGACGGUUAGGGGCACGCAUGUUGGGCCGGAGGUAUUGGCACGGUUUUAGCAUUCUAUUAUUCUCAAUUGUGCCUUUUUUGUAUUGAUUUGAGUCUUUUUCAAACUGCUGAUACACUGUAUGGCGGUAACACGGCUCGGCUGGAAACGGUUGGUUUGUCGAGUUUGAUGAAAACGAGGUCGGGAUCAGACAACCGUUAGCCCCUCCUGGCGGAUUUUUUUUUUCUUUUUUUUUCCUCAGCCAGCUAAACGAGACAGAUAACAAUGUCGUUGACUGCCUCGUCUGAUUAUUUCGCUGCCGAGUGUUUGGUAUCGAUAUCCAGCGGGCCUGUCCUGCACAGACCCACCCCGGUCGCCCCCACCAGCCAGCCGGCCACGGUGGGCCUGCUCCCCGGGGAGCCCGACGGGUCGAGCGAGGAUAGGGAAGUGCGGGAGACGCUGAGGCUUGAGGGGGCGAACAUGAUGGCGGUGGCCGGUAUCCUCACCGACCUACACGGUAAAUUCCGCCCCAUGUCGGCUUACUCGGAGAGCAGCAACUCCUCGUGUGGUGGGGAGAGCGGUUACACCACGUUGUCCGACCCGACCACCCCUACCAUGACCCCAUCCGCCACCCCGAUCCCCGGACAGCAACAGCAGCUGAGGGGGGGAGGAGGAGGAGGCGUGGGGGCCCCGCGCUCCCCGGUGAAGCGACACCAGUGCACUUUUGACGGAUGCGACAGAGUUUACGGGAAAUCGUCCCACCUGAAGGCACACAUCCGGACACACACAGGAGAGAGGCCCUUCCCGUGCACCUGGCCUGACUGUGAGAAGAAGUUUGCCCGCUCUGAUGAGCUCGCCCGCCACACCCGUACCCACACAGGGGAAAAACGCUUCCUGUGCCCACUGUGCGAUAAGCGCUUCAUGCGCAGCGACCACCUGAUCAAGCACGCCCGCCGUCAUCCGGACUUCCAGCCUUCCAUGUUGGGGCGCAGCAAGGGUGCAUCCUCCUCUUCCAGCCCAGCCAUGCACCAUUAGGAUGGUUCGGGUCGGGGGAUUCCCGGCAGGAGCACCGAAGGUCACAGUGGUUUCAAGUUAACCAGCUACAAUCAGAUCCACUGAUUAGGAUUUAGCAUUGCUGUGUUGCACUCAAAACAUGUGCACAUGACACCAACAUACACAAGCCAAUACACACACACACACAGAGCUGGGUGUGAGGGGGCCUCAUCUCUGCAUCCACACAGAUGAGUCAUGUGACCACUAUCCACCUGCUCAACAUAACUAGGGUUGGGUAUUGAGAAUGUUCCAAAUCUAUAAGAACUGAGGAUUCGUUAAGAAAUGUGCUUUUCGAUUCCACUUAUCGUUUCCUGAAAGCAAAGUUUGGACCUACUGCUCUUCAUUUACAUUGCUGCUUACACGCGUAUCAAAGCACGUGUAUAAUGUGUACAGUAUGAGGGACUCAAGCUAGCUUUCCAAAGUGUGGCUAUGCUUCGCUACAGACUGUAGUGAUACAGUGAAAUGUAUUCACUGCAUGAAUAUGAAAACAUGCGAGGGAAAGUCCCAUCAAACAUAACACAUUUGGCACAGAAUGGAAUAAAAAUGCAGAGUUUUUGAUGUCCUGUAUCAUCGCGUAGUGAAAUUGGUUAAUCCACGCAGUUAAAUACUGGACAAAUCAAGGUACUUCAUCACAUUGAUGAAAAAAAAAUCUGUAAAACCAGUUGUGCCAUAAAGCAAUCCUGCUCACUGAUUUGCAGCAUGGCACACCAGAGAAUAUUUAUAUUUGUCUUACUUUUUUCACCAAAAACAACAGAAAAUACUUCAUUUUCAUAUAUACGUCAUUUAUUACAUGUUUAUGGCAGCCUAAACCGUAUGAAAAUAAACAUGUUUUUGCUUUCAGUAUACUUUGUUUUCUCUCUCACUCAGGAUUCGAUUGGAAUGGGAAUCAUUAAGCAGAUUUGAAUCGAUUAAAUAAACCCAACCCUUAAAAAAAUAACCUUAUUUUCUCAAACUGAAACACUUUCACAAAAGCAGGGAUUUUUCAUGUUUUCUGUAAUAAUCUGCACAUUCAUCAGCCAAAACUCCACUGUUUUCUUGUGGUUAAUUUGUAGAUUGUUGUGCUUUUCACCAUAAUUUUUUUUUUUUUACCAUGAGUAGCACAAUAUUGUGACGUUAGGUAACAAGGCAAUGACUAGAAGUCUUUUAGCUUGCUUUUUUUUUAGCUUUGCUGAUUUCAUGUAAAAGUUUUAGUGGUGACACAUUCCUUAAUUUUUAUUGCAUUAGAUCAAAUCAAAUAUUAAUUUUGCCAGAAAGUGGAUCAAACACUGUUAAGGGGCUGUUUGCACGCCAUCUAGAUGAGUUACCCAUGAAAUGCUAACAUAAUACACAGUAGUGUUAUGUCUAAAGCUGAUGCAAAUGUAUAUAAGCUUUAAGCUUUUAAUAUAGAAAACUGGUAAUGCUACUAGCAGCAGAAUUAAUACAUGUGAUGAAUUGUAGUCCUUAUAUUAGGGGUAACAUUAUACACUUGAUAGGAUGGCAUUGCCUGUGAGUGUUUGUGUGUAUGCGUUUUUAUUUACAUUUUUGUGUGUAUGCUUUGGUAUAAAAAUAUUUGGGGGGUGAGGCGGUGACACAAGAUGAGCUUGACUUUCAGCCUGCUCCCUUCAAGGUAAAAGCGUUCAGGUCUUUCUUUACACGGUUUGAGUUUGUUGUAACUAUUUUGUAUGGGAAUCAAAAUUAGUAUAAAAAGUUACAUUAACAUGGUCCAUUUUGAAAAACUAAUACCAGUAAACCUUUAUUGAGGAGGACAUUUUGACUUGUCAGAGCAGCAAAAGCACAUAUGCAACUAAUACAGUUAGUGAUGGCUCUAUUCUGCGUAGGUGUGUCAUUGAACCAGCAUGCACAAUACAUGGGGGGUGCCACUUGUAAAUGGAAUGCAGCCAUUAAUAAUGUUCUUAGUUACACCUGUGUUUGACAAGUUGAACAUUUUUAACAUGUUGGGAAAAUAAAUUUAAAAAAUGAGGAUUUGUUUAGAACAUGUAAAGUAAAAACUGGCACCUGAAUAUUCCUAUAUGCCAAAAUGUUCACUCAUCCUAUGGCUUGAAUUUCAGGACUAAUCACUCAAUUAACAAUCACGUUUAACGGAAUCAAGCUAACCUCAAGUAAUUUAGAUAUUUAAAAUCUAUUGGAGUACAUGCAGUGUUCAGUUCUGACUUAUAGAGAGGUUAAAUCUAUUCAUUUUCUUGUUUUGUUUUUUUUUCUGUUUCCACACUGUUUGUCCAGCUCAUGGAAAUAUUCCUUUAUCUCAGAGAACAACACUUCUUCAGGAAAUUCUGAAAGCCUUAAACUAUGUCAUAACUACUUUGCACCAUGUUUACAGUUGGAUCAUUGUAUAGGUUUAUAUGCCCUCUUGUGGGCUCAUUACACAUACUCAUUAUGCAAUAUGGCACUUUUUUCUUACAGGUGUAUUUGGCUGAAUAGUGUAAUGGCUUGCACUGUUACUAUGCCUCUAAAAGCAGGCACUGUGGAACUUUGCUGGUGUGUUGAUAACCAAUGGUUUAACUGCCUUUUUUUCCAAGUGCUUUAGAUCGUGUGAUAAAAAAAAAACUGGGUAGUUGUUAUUUUUAUUUAUUUUCCUUUUUUUCCCUUUUUAGUGUUUGCUUAGUCAUCCAGGCCAUCUCUUUUUGUUUUUUAUUUCCCUCUUAAUGGAACACGCUUCAUUUGUGUUUCCAGAUGUGUUGACUUUGUCUCCUCCACACUAAGAUCAAAGAGAAAGUCUGCACAUGUCUUCCUCAUUCAUCUCUUGCAAAACCAUCUACAUGUACCUUUUCACUGUUUAUCUCAUUUGAGUGGGAGCUGUACUCGUUGAAACGAAUGCAACGCUUUGAAAUUUUGUACACAUUUCUUUAGAGGUUCCAUCUGUCGACAGCUCUGGGUUGCUGCUGGCAGUGACCUUGAACGCAUGGACUGUUUAACGAAGGAACACACACAAUAUACUUGUUUGUUUUUUACGUCUUCAAAUGGACAUAAUCCCUCUCAUCUCCUCUCACAGAUGGGAGUGUCUACUCACACAGACUCUGUCCGGGUCUCAAAGCUAUAAUAUCACAAUAAGAACAUACCUCACUGAUUGUGUUUGCCGUGUCUGUACAAAAUCCAUCCAACCUGUGUUUCAGAAAUUCCUAUAAAGCCACUGAGCCUUGGGUUUCAGAAAUGUGUUUUUAUCAGCUCAAUGGUCUAUUGUGUACCCAUUUCCUUAUCUUGUCUUUAUAUGCAACAUCACUACUACCUGUGUAGCAGCAGAAUAUCCUUUUCCCUGCCUCAAUGAACUUCUGUUGUUAAUUGAUAGUAGCAAAUUAAUCUACUGGAUAAAUCCUGCAGCCCCUGUCUUUAAAGUCCAGCUGGAGUUUUAAUCACCAAGGGAAAGACUCACUGCAGGUUGUAAAAGAAAAUACCUGUAGACUGUCACUUCACUGCAGAUUUCAAUUGAAAAAGCUCAAUCCAGAUGCAUUUGUUCAUAUCACUGAAUGUGGCUUGAUGACAGACGGCCAUUAUCUACCUUGGAUUUCAUUUUUGCUGCGCUGCCUCGCUGAGAAAGAAAAAGCGCUAAUUUCUCUUGUCACCACACUAAUUCAAAUAUGCACAUUGUACAGAAACGGAUGUUUUUUAAACUGAUGCCUAAUUUUUACAUUAAUGUAAUUUUUAAAAGAAAAUCCUCUUAUCAAAGCUUUAGUUAUGGGAAAUAGGAGGAACCGUGGAACUAAAUAAUUGCUGCGACAAGCUGUUUUGAUAUUUAUAUUCUCAGGUGUCUAAAAUUUUGAGCAUUUGCAUUUCAAUAUUUCCUGUUCAACACCUAAGUACAAGCAUGAUUUAUUUCUUUUGCUAUGCUGAUUAAUUUAUUCCAAAAAUGUAUAAUGUGUGGUUUAAUUAUACUUUUCAUAACUCAUUUUGUGAUAUGGAACAGUACUAAUAUUAAAUGGUUCCAUCGUUUGCUUGACAUGAGAAUACCAGUGCUUUUUUUAAAAAUAAAAAUCCUUAAGUUUGA